AUGGCCUCCGACUUCUUCUACCCGAACACGGGCGGCGUCGAGUCGCACAUCUACCAGCUGUCGCAGUGUCUCCUCCGCAAGGGCCACAAGGUGAUACUGAUCACGCACGCCUACGGCGACCGCACCGGCGUCCGCUACAUGACCGGCGGCCUCAAGGUCUACUACCUGCCCUUCUGGGUGGUGUACAACCAGUGCACGCUGCCCACCCUCUUCACCAGCUUCCCCCUCAUUCGGCACAUUCUAGUCCGGGAGCGAAUUGACAUCGUCCACGGCCACUCCGCCUUCUCCGCCCUGGCCCACGAGGCGAUGUUCCACGCGAAGACCCUCGGUCUGAAGACGGUCUUCACCGACCACUCGCUGUUCGGCUUCGCCGACGCCAGUGCCAUCAUCACCAAUAAGCUCCUGAAGGUCUUUCUUUCCGUCUGCAAUCGCGUCAUCUGCGUCUCGCAUACGGGCAAAGAGAACACCGCCCUUCGAGCCGGCGUCGACCCGAACCGCAUCUUUGUCAUUCCCAACGCCGUCGACACGGACAUCUUCAGACCGCUGUCCACAGCGCCCAGCGACUCACCAGUGACCAUCGUCGUCGUCUCGCGGCUCGUCUACCGCAAGGGCAUCGACCUGCUGGCCGGCGUCAUUCCCUCCAUCUGCGCCAAGUACCCGGAGAUCAAGUUCCUAAUCGGGGGCGAGGGCCCGAAGCGGAUCAUCCUCGAGGAGGUGAUCGAGCGGCACCGGCUGCAGUCGCGCGUCACGCUGCUGGGCCCCAUCAAGCACGACAAGGUGCGGGACGUGCUGGUGAUGGGCGACAUCUUCCUCAACUCCUCGCUGACGGAGGCUUUCUGCAUGGCCAUCGUCGAGGCGGCCGCCUGUGGGCUGCAGGUGGUCAGCACCCGAGUGGGUGGCAUCGUCGAGGUCCUCCCCAAAGAGCUGAUCUGGUUCGCCGAUCCGUCGGUGCAGGGACUCUUCGAGGGCCUGCAGGCGGCCAUCAAGGACCGCGUGGCCGGCCAGGUGCUCCCGCCGAAGGUCUGCCACGAGAAGGUGAAGCGCUUCUACCAGUGGGACGACAUUCUGGUGCGGACGAUGAACGUCUACGAGUCAGUGAGUCGCGACCCGGUGGACCCGAUCAGCGAGCGGGUGCAGCACUUCUGGCGCUUCGACCUCGCCACGGUUACUAGUAAACAAGUGAAGCUCAAAGGAAGUUACUAG